AUGUCGUCCACGGCAGAUGCCCGAGGUUGGGGGCGGCGGUGGCAUCCCUGCAAUGCGCUUGGCACCGGCUGCCCCGGCUGGCGCUCGCCGAGUCCAUGUGAUCCGGGGCUCGCUCUCUGCCACCGCCGGUCCCGCCGCCGGCACAGCGAGGGAGCCACAAGGUCGAGCCAGCGGCCCCGGCAGAGCUGCCCCAGCCCCGGGCAGGGCUCCCCGGCACCGGCUGAGCUCCCCGGCCUCCUCCGUGACACCAUGCCCCGCGGGAAAAGGGACCCGGUGCUGCUGUCCCCCGCCGAGGGCGAGGGUCCCCGCGCGGCUGGGGACGGCCGGCGGUCCGCGGAGGAGGAGGAGGAGGAAGAAGAAGAAGACGGACACCUCCUGGGGCUGCCCCGCGACGAUCUCACCAAGAGCGUGUCCAGCUCCUCCGUGUCCUCCUACCACUCCGCCCUGUGCUCGGACGGCACGGAGACCUUCAAGGACUGCCUGGAGUUCCUGGACGAGGAGGGAUCGCCCGGCCGGGCUGCCCCGGGGCGCUGGGCUCCGGCGGGGGCCCCCGGCGUGGCCCCGCCGCCCGGCCCCCUCGCCCGCCCGCAGCGGGCUCAGCUGUCCAGCGCGGCUAAGAAUAGCCCAGCUCCGGGCCAGGGGGGCAGGAUGGUUCCCCUCGGUGGGGACCGGCAGCCCGUGCCGGCCGCGGCCGCCGCCGGGGAGCCGGCCGUGCCCCGGCAGCCCGGGGCGAUGCUCGUCGCAGUUCCCAGCGACUCGGACGAGGUGGAUGGCGAGGUGCAGGCGCUGACGGCCAGGGCUUUCCGCAGCCUCUCGGGGCUCCCCGGAGCUCGCCUCGACAUGUGCAGCUCCCACACCUCCUCCAGCCUUUCCAACUCGCUGUCGGAGGACGGCGGGCGGCCGCGGCGGUGGCCGGUGGGCGCCGGGGAGCCCCGGGGAGGGCCGACAGCUCUGCACGGCAGGGUGGGCUGGCCUUUCCCCGCCGGCGUGGACGGGGAGCUGCUGGGCAAGGAGCAGUUCGAGUGCGUGGACGUGGAGCUGGAGAGCGGGGAGGCCAGGAAGGGCCACGGCAAGAAGAGGACGGUGCCCAAGCGGCAGAUCCUGCUGAAGAGGAAGGAGAGGAAGGAGACGGGCUUUGGCCCGCGGGGGGAUGGCCCAGCGCCGCAGCCUCCUGCCAGGAAGGAGCCCCCCAGCAAGGGCAGAGCCGUGGGCGAGGACUUCAGGCUCAACUACCAGCAGUUCAUGAAGGCGGCGUCCCUGGGCACCGACAGGACGAGGGCGGCCUCGUGCCUGGUGAAAAACGUCCUGGCCAAGAAGAUGCAGUACGAGCAGCGGAUCAAGAUGGAGCAGAAGGGGCUGCGGGGCAGCUCGACCUCCUCGGGGCCGUCUUCCGCCGGCACCGACCUGCCGGGGGAUGGUCUGGAGGGCAAGUCCAGCUCGCUGUCCCGCUCCGACUGCAGUUUCUCGGCCGAGGACCUGCGGGGCGGAGGGAUGCCGGUGGCCACGGCGGCCGCGGGGAACGCCACCACCACCACCAGCCACCCCACCAAGGGCGUGGUGCUCAGCGAGGCGACUAGGGAGACUGUCUGCAACCUGAGGAAGACGUUCAACGAGCUCAACCAGAGGAUGAAGUACCAGGAGGUGCUGGAGGGCCGCUGGCUGCCCGCGGCGGCGGAGGAGCACACGUCGGAGAGGAUCUGCUACCAGCGAGCCCGCGCCUUGUUCGAAGCCCAGCCUGGGGUGGGGAAGGUGCUGGAUGUCGCCCCCCGGUUUGCCAGGGCGCCGAGGCCGUGGCCCAGCUUGAAGGAGCGAGCCAUCGGUCCCAUCCAUUCCCAAGCCCUGCCCUUCAAGGCCGAGAGCCGGGCGGUCGCCUCCGCCCCGCCGCGCCGCCCCUUCGCCUCCUCCCGGGCGCAGGAGGCGAGGACGCUGCCGCAGAGCCAGCCGGAGAAGCCACCAGCAGCGCCCCGCCGGCCACCCAGCCCCGGCAUCCCGGCACCCCGGGGGUCCCCGCCAGCCGCGCCCCCCAGGCCAGAAGAUAAGGGGAAGGCGCGCGUCCCGCAGCCCCGGGACGUGCGCAAGCUGGUCAAGAGCAGCUAUAGCCUCAAGUUCGGGACUGCCGGCUCCUCCCGCGGCACCGCGGCACCGGCGAGCAGCGGAGAGCCGCCCCCGGCCACCCCUCUGGUCAUCCACUGCACCUCGGUGCGCCGGGAGCCAGCCCCCGAGCCAGCGGCUGAGGAGGUGCUGGCAGCCCCGGCGUGUACCGAGGGGUCCACAAAGCCCCCCGGCAGCCGGGCCGCGCCCUCCCACAGCUCCCCCAUCAACAUCACGAGGGUCCAGGCCACGCGGAGGGGAGCGGUCCCCACGGAGGAGCCGCCGGCAUCGCCCCCUCGCCGGGAGCGCAGCGAGCUCCGGGUGCCCCCGCGGGCAGAGCGGGUGCCACACGUGGAAACCCAUCUGCACGUCCUGGUGGGCCGGCCGGGCCUGGCGGCCAGGGAGAGCUCCCCUGGAGCUCUCCUGCGGGCAGAGAAGACCGUUCUGCUGCCUCCGCCACCGAGCAGUCCCGCGGAAGGGAAGGAGCAGCGCGGCCGGGGCAGCCCCGGAGCGCUCCGCGCUGCCGAGGGGCCGGAGCCGCUGGGACAGCGGCGCCGCAGCGGGGACAGCCGGGACCCCCGAGCCGGAGCUGCGGCCGAGCCCGGCGGCCGGAGGGUGUCGGUGGGAAGUGCUGGGGGCUCUGCCGGUGGCACCGGCCCCGCAGCCCCGCUCCGAGCCGCCGACCGCAGCGAAGGCUCCCCUGGGCGGCUGCCGGAGCAGAGGGAGGCCUGGGAGCAUUCGCCGCAGCGGCCAGCGGCUACAGAGCCCUACCCGCCCGCUGGCCUGGCAGAGAACUCCAACUACUUGGCAAUCCCCGAGAGAGGCCUCAGACCCACGCUGAUGCCAAAGCUGUCCUUGGUGCCCAACCCGGCCAGUGCAUCCGUUGGGACCCCCUUUGUCCCCAGCCCAGCCAGUGCCUCUUUUGGGGCUCCCUCAGCCCCCAACCUAGCCAGUGCAUCCUUUGGGACCUCUAUGGUCACCAACGUGACCAGUUCAUCCUUUGGCUUCCCUUCAGCCUCCAGCCUGGCCUCCACAUCAUUUGGGAGCCCCUUGGUUUCAAGUUCCAACAAGUCUUUUGGGGCCCCUCUGGUCCCCAACCUGUGCAGCACAUCCUUUGGGAGCCCCUUAGUACCCAAUCCAACCAGCAUAUCCUUUGGGAACCCCUUGGUCCCCAAUUCAUCCAGCAUAUCCUUUGGGCCUCCAUUAGUCCCAAAUGCAUCCAGUGCAUCCUUUGGGAGCCCCUUGAUCCCCAAUUCAUCCAGUGCAUCCUUUGGGAGCCCCUUGAUCCCAAAUCCAUCCAGCACAUCCUUUGGGAACCCCCCGGUCCCCAAUCCAACCAGUGUGUCCUUUGGGAACCCCUUGGUCCCCAAUUCAUCCAGCACAUCCUUUGGGCCUCCAUUAGUCCCAAAUGCAUCCAGUGCAUCCUUUGGGAGCCCCUUGAUCCCCAAUUCAUCCAGUGCAUCCUUUGGGAGCCCCUUGAUCCCAAAUCCAUCCAGCACAUCCUUUGGGCCUCCAUUAGUCCCAAAUGCAUCCAGUGCAUCUUUUGGGGGCCCCUUGAUCCCCAAUCCAUCCAAUGCAUCCUUUGGGUCCCCACUGGUGCCCAAUCCUUCCAGUGCACCCUUUGGGUCCCCCUUGGUACCCAAUCCAUCCAGCACAUCCUUUGGGCCUCCAUCGGUCCCAAAUGCAUGCAGUUCAUCCUUUGGGUCCCCCUUGGUCAGUAACCCAGUCCCCACUUCCCUUGGGCACCCAUCCAUCUCCAACAUGUCCAGCUCUUUCUUUGGAUCCCCUUUUGUCCUCAACCCAGCCAGCACUCUGCUGGGAACUGGUUCCUAUCCCCUUCCUAGUGGGGAGGUGCCCUGGAGCAAGCGCAGCCCUGAGCCCCUGCUGCCCCGAGCCCCCGAGGGCCCAGCUGCUGUGGAGCCCCCAGCCCAGCCCCACCUGGAGGAUGCUCCUCAUUUCCUCAGGAGGACCGAUGGCCCCUCGCCGAGUGGGAGGAGCAGACAAAGCCCCCCCAAGCCCUUCUCCGCCCCCCAGCCCGCCCAGCGGAGGAUGCUCGUGGAUCCCAGCAGCGGGAAGUGCUACUACAUGGAACCGCCGCGGCAGCCCCAGAUGAAAACGCUCUACGACCCCGAGACCGGGCAGUACCUGGAGGUGCUGGUUCCACCGGUGGCAUCACACACCGGGCUCUACCAGGCAGAUUUCAACCCCCUUCUCAUGGCCCCGGGGGUCUGUGGCCCACCCUACGCACCCUACGGCGGCUUCCCGGGGCUCCCAGCACCGCCGCCCGCCGCCCCCUCCCCGCCGCGCCCCUCGCUGCCGGCUACCGACACCCCCGGGACCCCCGGCUCGGCUCCCAAGGGCGAGGGGCCGUCCCCUGCCGGGGCUCCCGACUGCGGCUACCUGGAGAGCCUGUACUACAUCCCCACGGGGAUGCGGGCCAGCCCCGGUCCCGAGCAGCCCCCGGGCCGCUCCAGCCCCGCCGCGCCCGAGGGGUCGCUGCUCCGGAUGUGA